CCGACCGAGCCGCCACACCCGACCCGCCAGCCGUGUUGUACCCCAUCGGCAUGUCCCGCCGCGUGCGCGACCGAUGCUUGGAGCUGGAGCGCUUCAUCGCCCGCUGCUUCCACUCGGGAAGCCUCGGCCUCGACGACGCCGUCAAGCUGUUCGAAGAAUUGCUCCUUGUCGGCAGACCCGCCUCGGUUCGCGCCUUCACCAAGCUCCUCACCGUCGUCUCUCGCGCCCAGGGAAGGGGCUCCUCAACCUCUGCGCUCGUCGUCUCCCUCUUCAACCGGAUGGUCCGUGCCUCCCCAAAUAAGGUAGUUGUAGCUCCCGACCUGCACACCUACAGCAUCAUCAUCCGCAGCUUUUGUAGCAUGGGCUGCUUGGAGCUCAGUUUCGCCGCCUUUGGUCUCGUCAUUAAGACGGGUUUUAGGGUGAAUGCUGCAGUCAUCAGCCCGCUUCUCAAAGGUCUCUGUGACGGAAAGAGGGUGGGUGAGGCCAUGGAGAUAUUGAGCCGGCGAAUGCCCGAGUUUGGCUGUAUGCUAGAUGUAUUGUCAUACAACAUAGUUCUAAAGGGUUUCUGCAAUGAAAGGAGAGCUGAGGAGGCACUUGAGCUGCUCCGCAUGAUGGCAGAUGAUGGAGGUGGUGGCUGCCCGCCAGAUGUUGUGUCAUAUAACACCGUCAUCAAUGGCUUGUUUAGAGACGGCCAGGUGGACAAAGCUUACAACCUAUUUCAUGAAAUGGAUAACUGGGGGAUUUUUCCGACUGUUGUGACCUACAACACAGUUCUAAAGGGUUUAUGCAACGAAAAGAGAGCUGCGGAGGCUCUUGAGCUGCUUCGCAUGAUGGCAGAUGAUGGAGGUGGCUGCCCACCAAAUGAUGUGUCGUACACCACCGUCAUCAAUGGCUUAUUUAGAGAUGGCCAUGUGGAUAGAGCUUACAGCCUAUUUCGUGAAAUGGAUGACCGGGGGAUUUCGCCAACUGUUGUGACCUACACCACAGUCAUUGAUGGUCUGUGCAAAGCUCAAGAAGUUGACAAGGCUGAGGGUGUCCUUCAGCAGAUGAUUAAUAAAGGUGUCAAGCCAAGUAUUCAAACAUAUACUUGUCUGAUCCAUGGAUAUUGCUCUUCAGGACAGGGGAAAGAGGUGGUUAGAAUGCUCAAAGAAAUGUCCGCACAUGGUCAUAAACCAGAUGUUGUCACUUGUAGUUUGCUGCUGGAUUACCAUUGCAAGAGUGGAAGAUGCUUAGAGGCUAGAAAGAUGUUUGAUUAUAUGAUUGAAAAGGGCAUAAAACCUAAUAUAACUACAUAUAGCACUCUGCUUCAUGGGUAUGCUACCAAAGGAGCUCUUUCUGAUGUGCAUGGCCUCUUGGAUUUGAUGACAGGAAAUGGUAUUUCACCUGAUCAUCACACCUUCAAUAUAAUUCUCUGGGCGUAUACUAAAGGUGGUAUGAUAAAUGAGGCAAUGCAUAUCUUUGGCCAAAUGAGGCAGCAUGGGUUGAGCCCUGAUGCGGUCAGCUAUGGAACAUUAAUAGAUGCACUUUGCAAGUUGGGAAGAGUGGACGAGGCUAUGCUUAAAUUCAAUCAGAUGAUCCAUGAAGGGCUGACUCCUGAUAUCGUUGUUUUUACCUCACUAGUUUAUGGACUGUGCACUAUUGACAAGUGGGAGAAGGCCGAGGAAUUAUUUUCUGAAAUGCUGAAUCAAGGGAUCCAUCCCGAUGCCAGGUUCAUCAACACUAUAAUGUGUAACCUUUGCAGAGAAGGACGGGUAAAGGAAGCUCAGACUCUCCUUGACUUAAUGGUAGGUGUAGGUGUGAGACCUGAUGUUAUCUCGUAUAAUACAUUAAUUGAUGGCUACUGCUUAGCUGGUAGGAUGAAGGAAGCUAUGAAGUUGCUUGAUGAUAUGGUCCGAGUUGGCUUGAAACCAGAUGGCUUUUCUUAUAAUACUUUGCUUCAUGGCUAUAGUAGAGCUGGCAGGAUAGAUGGUGCGGUUAGACUAUUCAGAGAAAUGUUAAGCAAUGAAGUUAGGCCUAAUAUUGUCACUUAUAACACGGUACUUCAUGGUUUAUUUCGGUCUGGGAAGUUUCCUGAAGCAAAAGAACUCUAUCUCAAUAUGAUCAAAAGUGGAAUGCAGCUGAACAUUUACACGUACAACAUAAUUCUGAAUGGUCUUUGCAAAAAUAACUGUGUUGAAGAGGCAUUUGAAAUAUUUCAGAGUCUAUGUUCUAAGGGUUCUCAACUUGACAUCAUUACCUUCAGCAUUAUGAUUGAUGCUUUGCUCAAAACUGGCAGAAAGGAAGAUGCCAUGGAUAUGUUCGCUGCUAUCUCUGACCAUGGUUUAGUUCCGGAUGUUGGGACCUAUCGCUUAAUGAUACAAAAUCUCAUAAAAGAAGGGUUGCUAGAAGAGUCUGACAAUUUGUUUUUAGCAAUGGAAAAGAGUGGAUGCACUCCAACCUCAUCUAUGCUAAAUUCGCUUGUUAGGAGGCUGUUGCAUAGAGGUGAGAUAAAGAGGGCUGGGGCUUACCUCUCUAAAAUUGAAGAGAUGAACUUCACGCUUGAGGCAUCCACUACUUCCUUGCUAAUAUCAGUUUUCUCGAGGGAGGAGUGUCAGCACCAUGCGAUGUCCCUGCCUGAAAAGUAUCAUUUUCUUGUGUAUCUCAAUAAAUGAGUGUUGUGUUAAAUGAAUCAAAUUCUCAACUGUGCUGACACAUUUAAAUGGAACAUGUUAAUUUGUUGAAGUGAUUAUU